CACUUAGACGAUGUUAGCAGCUGUUGACUAAUGUUGUGGCUCAUUUGUCUUUCAUUUAUGAAUACAUUUUUAAUAAGCAUAAAUGUUUCAUAAGUACACAUUCAAAUGUCCAGGAAGAUCCAGCAGGUGUUGCGAAAAUGAACCUUUGGAAAAUAAUUGGAACACAAUCUUCCAUUUAUACAGAAAAGCUAAUAUCCGAUGGUCCAUAUUAAUAUCAAGGGCAAUGUGAAAAUACAUUACAAAAAAAACCAAACACAAAUGUGAAUUUUAUUCAAGUCGAUACACAUCCACAGCUUCCACGUUGUCACUGUUUGAUUGAGGCCUUGGCAGCACUGUGAGUCAUCCAUGAUCACACCGAGGGCUGGCCUAUAUUUAGCUGCAGUGCAGGGGAGUUUGAAAGCCUUCGUGAAAUUAGUUUUCACUGUGAAUGAUUACAUUAUCUCCCAACUGGAAUCCAUCUCCAAGACAGAAGAGAGAGAGAGAGAGAGAGAGAAACCUGCUGCGAUGGACCAGGUUAGAUGAUGUGACCUCCAGAAGUUGGACUGUUAUAACUAAUGAGGCGACUCUUGCAGCAGGACAUACUGUUGUCCCAAAGGUUAGGGAAUGACUCUCCGGUCGGCUUCGCCCCGGGCUCUCCGGCCACUGCGGCCCCCCAGGUGUCCAACUCUUCCUUUGUACCCGAGGCCCCGGUGGUCACUCCCGAGCAGCCAUUUUUCCUCAUGACCUCCACUGCUCAAACCAUAUCGGGUUUUUUCGUCUGGACAGCUCUUCUUAUCACGUGUCACCAGAUUUACAUGCACCUGCGUUACUACAGCUCCCCAAACGAACAAAGGCACAUCGUCCGGAUUCUCUUCAUCGUCCCGAUCUACGCCUUUGACUCUUGGCUCAGCCUUCUGUUCUUCACUAACGAGGAGUACUACGUGUACUUCGACACGGUCAGAGACUGCUAUGAAGCCUUUGUCAUCUACAACUUCCUGAGUCUGUGUUACGAGUACCUGGGAGGAGAGAGCGCCAUCAUGGCCGAGAUCAGAGGGAAGCCGAUAGAAUCCAGCUGUGUCUAUGGAACCUGCUGUCUGUGGGGGAGGACCUACUCCAUUGGUUUUCUCAGGUUUUGCAAACAGGCAACGCUGCAGUUCUGUGUGGUCAAACCCCUGAUGGCCAUUAUCACCGUCAUCCUUCAGGCCUUUGGAAAAUACAGAGACGGAGACUUUAAUGUGGCGAGCGGCUACUUGUACGCGACCAUCAUCUACAACAUCUCCGUCAGUCUGUCGCUCUACGCUCUCUUCCUCUUCUACUUCGCCACCCGUGAACUGCUGGUUCCCUAUAGCCCCGUUCUCAAGUUCAUCAUGGUCAAAUCCGUCAUCUUUCUCUCCUUUUGGCAAGGAAUGCUGCUGGCCAUCCUGGAGAAGUGCGGCGCAAUCCCCCGGAUCAACUCUGCGGACUUCUCCGUGGGCGAGGGAACGGUUGCCGCCGGUUACCAAAACUUCAUCAUCUGCAUCGAGAUGUUCUUCGCAGCCGUCGCUCUGCGUCACGCCUUCACCUACAAAGUCUACAUGGAUAAGAGGCUGGACUCGUACGGCUCAUUUCCCAUCUAUGGACAGUACGGUCGUUGUGCUCCCAUGAAGAGCAUCUCCAGCAGCCUGAAGGAGACCAUGAAUCCAGGAGACAUGGUCCAGGAUGCCAUCCACAACUUCUCGCCGGCGUAUCAGCAGUACACCCAGCAGUCCACCCUGGAGCGCGGCGGGGGUCCACCUCUGUCCCGCAGCCACAGUAACAUCAGCACCCGUGGAGAUAAUGAGAAGACCCUCCUGCUCAGCUCCGAUGACGAGUUCUGAGUCCCAGACGCACUCGGAAGGUCACACGAUGAGGUUUAGGGAGGAUCGGGAGACGUGACAGAUUUUUUGUUAGGACCUGGUUAUCGUAGAUCAGAUUCAGUUUUUGGUUUUAAGAUCGGAAAAUCUGUGAGUGUCACCGAGGCCAUUAGUGACAGAAUGUUUCUGUGCUGAAUAACCACACCUGCUGAGCAUCCUUAUUAUUAUACACUUUAGACUCCCUGGCAAACAAACACCCAUACAAACAGUGUGGUGUGUGUGACAGAAUCCAAGUGCCAUGGUAAACAGAGGUACACGCCUCCUCCUCCUCCUCCUCUUCUUCCUCACUUUAGUUUCUAUAUCGACUGCUCUUCAUCAGCUUUCUGCCAACUCUGUCGCCUAUCGAACCGUUGCCAAAUAGAGGGAGCAGCGACCCCUGCACUUCACUUAGUGAGGCACACUAUAUUUAGAGACUUAGAGAACACAAGGGAGCCUUCCUUUUCGCUGUGCUUCAGUUUAAUGUAUAACAAUCAAAUUGCAAAUAUUUUUUUAUUUAAAUGCCGUAUGACCUUGGAGGUUGAACUCAUUUAGUCGGAGUGGAAAUGUCUUAUUUCGUAAUUAUUACAAAUAUAUGAAUUGUAUGUUUUGUGAAUUAGUAUGUAUAAGUGGAUAACACGUGUUUUGGUUUGUGUGUGUGUGAGUGUGUGAGACCGCUGCUGUCGGCCUGUCUCAGGCUCUCUGCUUGACUUUACUGUUUGUGGGAAACUAAAAGAACAUCCGUGGGACAGAUUUUAGUUCCGUCUUUGGGACUGGAGGAAGGACAGUGUCCACUCAGAUUACAGAUUACAGAUUACUGCAGGAGCAAAGCUUCACAGAGAAGCGGCCCGGCUGAGUUGUGCUGUGGAUUAUAAACCUAAAUUAGGGACGUUAUAAGAAACACAGAUUAGACCCGGCCUGUGCUGACACUGCCUUCAAAAGCAUUGAGGUGUUUGGACCUGGGACAGAAGUAAAAAAACAAAACAAACAUUUAUUAAACUAAAACUGUCCCAGAAAAAGUACAUGGGCAUUAACAACACAAUGAAGGGAACUUCACAUUUUAAUGUUUUUAAAGGGCACUACUGUUACAAAAUGUUAUCACUUUAUAUUUAAUUUUCUUUUUUUUUUCUCGCAGCGUUGAAGUUGUCCGUAGUCGCCGGUUGUAAAUAUUUGACUUUCUCUUGUUGUGCUUUUGUUGAAAGCAGAAUCCAAACAAAUGGACUUCCUUUUAUUGACCUCAGGUAAAGGGACGCUAGAAAACCAAGUACAAUACGAUGAAGAACAUUUUUCCUCCUGAGUAAUGAAUGUAGUGAGAUGAAACACGUCCUUUCCUACACUUUACAAUUAAGUGAGAUAUUCACUUUUUCUAUCUCUACUUUUUGUCAAACAUACUGAUGUGAAGAUAAGAUCUGAAGCUUCUUGACUCUCAGAUGAUAGUGAAGAUUAUGGCAGUUCAUGAGUUGAAUGCCGGGAUGUGAAAAAUGAAAUAAAUAUAUGAUCCAGAAAUGUUUAUUACAUAAGUGAAAGAAAGUUGCACAUUAAGUAAAACUAAACACUGAACGGCCAAUAUGAUGAUGACUGAAAUGACAAGGCCUGGUACAGGGCUUUGUUUUGAAAUAUUUUAGUGCUCUAAUGUUUAUUUUGUUUCGAUUUCAUGUAUAUUCUUGUUCUGUUCUAUACUUUUGCUUUGUAUAUUGGUAAAAUGUCAUGCUUUGAUGCUAUAUUGUUUCUGUCAGUGUUGAAAUUAAAAUAAAACGAGAAUGGAAGAACAAA